ACUGGAAUUCUUCCAAGGCUAAUCUCCCCACCUUCACCUAUUGCUCUAGAAAGAACUGGCAGAAGACAAAGGUACGCUUUGUUUUAUCAACACUUGAAGAACAUUGAGGAAAAUGAGGGAGGCCUUGAUAAGUUUUCAAAAAGUUACAAAACUUUUGGAGUCAACCUGUUUGUGGAUGGUGGAAUAUAUUGUAAAGAAUGGGCACCAGGGGCAGAAGCAGUGUUUCUCACCGGUGACUUCAAUGGUUGGAAUCCAUUUUCACAUCCAUACCAAAAAAUGGAUUAUGGCAAAUGGGAGUUGUUCAUACCACCUGGACCAGAUGGAUUCCCACCUGUGCCCCAUGGAUCAAAAUUGAAGUUGGUGAUCCGUAAUAGAAGUGGAGAGAUCCUUUACCGCAUUUCACCUUGGGCAAAAUAUGUAAUUCGUGAGGAGGGCAAAGUGAAUUAUGACUGGAUGCACUGGGAACCACCAUUACCAUAUCUUAGUAGACAUCCUUCCCCUGAGAAACCGAAAAGCCUAAGAAUCUACGAGUCUCAUGUGGGAAUUGCUUCCCCUGAAGGGAAAAUAGCUUCUUAUAAAAACUUUACUUACAAUGUACUACCUAGAAUAAAGGAUCUCGGAUACAAUUGCAUUCAGUUGAUGGCUAUUAUGGAGCAUGCCUACUAUGCCAGUUUUGGUUACCAGAUAACAAGUUUUUUUGCAGCAUCAAGUCGUUAUGGGACCCCAGAUGACCUGAAGGAAUUGAUUGAUGUUGCCCACUCAAUGGGAAUUACUGUACUAUUGGAUGUUGUGCACAGUCAUGCAUCAAAGAACUCGGAGGAUGGUUUGAACAAAUUUGAUGGCACAGACUCCUGUUUUUUUCAUUCUGGACCUAAAGGAAUGCAUGGUCUUUGGGACAGCAGACUUUUUGAUUAUUCAAACUGGGAAGUUUUGAGAUUCCUUCUCUCCAACUUGAGAUCAUGGAUAGAAGAAUAUAGCUUUGAUGGCUUCCGUUUCGAUGGUAUUACAUCUAUGAUAUACCACAAUCAUGGAAUUGGCGAAUCUUUCAGUGGCGAUUACCAUGAAUAUUUUGGUCUACAUGUAGAUGAAGAUGCUUUGGUUUACCUAAUGUUGGCCAAUCACAUGAUCAAGUUUUUGCAACCCAGAUGUCUAACCAUAGCUGAGGAAGUUUCUGGAAUGCCGGCUCUUUGCUGUUCCGUUGCAGAGGGAGGAGGUGGAUUUGAUUAUCGAAUGGCCAUGGCAAUUCCAGAUAAAUGGAUACAGAUAAUUAAAGAGUUGAAAGAUGAAGAUUGGAAUAUGGGCAAUAUAGUAUAUACACUGACCAACAGGAGGCACGAAGAGAAAUAUAUUGCAUAUGCAGAGAGUCAUGACCAGGCCCUUGUUGGUGAUAAGACAUUGGCAUUCCGUCUGAUGGAUGCAGAGAUGUAUACAAAUAUGAGUGUGCUUUCCCCUCUUACUCCAGUUAUUGAUCGUGGAAUACAGCUUCAUAAAAUGAUUCGCCUCAUUACUCAUGCACUUGGAGGAGAGGGCUAUCUCAACUUCAUGGGCAAUGAAUUUGGGCAUCCAGAAUGGUUAGACUUCCCCAGAAAAGGAAAUAACGAGAGCUACCAUUAUGCCAGAAGACAGUUUCAUUUAGCUGAUGAUCAUCAUCUUCGCUAUAGAUUUCUAAAUGCUUUUGACAGAGAUAUGAAUAAAUUGGAAGAAAGAUUCGGCUGGCUUGCAUCUCCCCCGGGUUUUGUGAGUGAAAAACAUGAGUCAAAUAAGGUCAUAGCUUUUGAGAGGGCAAAUCUCAUUUUUAUAUUCAACUUCCAUCCGUCCAAAAGCUAUGUUGACUACAGAGUGGGUGUGGAAACUGCAGGAAAGUAUAAAAUUGUCCUGGAUUCUGAUGCACCAGAAUAUGGAGGCCAUCAAAGACUGGAUCACGGCACAGAGUACUUUACUGAACAGUAUCCACAUAAUUAUCAACCUAAUUCACUUUUGAGAACCAAUUCACAGACCAGCUUUGAUGGCAAGCCCAGAAGAUGGUAUCUAAACCACCUACAGGUGUACAUUCCAAGCAGAGUGGCUAUUGUACUUCAGAACCUGGAUAUACCAAACUAAAGAUCUCCAUGGGCAUCACUACAGAAGCAAGAUGUUUAAAAUAAUGUAGUGACUACACUGUGCUGCUCAAACACUGAAUAUCUCAGAAAUUUGUACAAUGGAUGCUUUGUGGAAUUAAAUAUAGUAAUAUUAAAGUGAUACAAAUGUAGGAUUAAUAUUUACAUAUAAUUACAGAGCUCUCAAGCACUAAAAGCUAUUUUAAGGAGACUGUAUGCAAAAGACAGAAAAAUUCAUCUUCGUAGUUCUGAUAGUACAGAAUUACAGUUUAAAGCAUUCUAGACCAGCUGGCAUUCUCAAUUGAGCUGUCGUUAAUGGUGUUUUUUUCAGGAAUAAUGUUUUAUCAUGUGUAUUACUGCUCUGAUUUCAGCAAUUUCUUUUAAUCCUUCAUCAUUUUGGUAUUGAAUUCGGAUAUUGGUUAUACACCACAAUCUCUUGUAAGGACAAAGAGUAAACAAUAUGUUAAAAUACAGCUUCAGCUUGGAGAAAAUGCAGCCAUAAAUGUUUGAGACACCCCAUGUUGUGAUCUCCAUUCCGCAGGGAUUUCCAAGAUGUAUUACAGGUAUCACUUUUUUUUUCAGUCAAACCACUGAUGAGAACAAUCCAGUGAAAAUA